AUGGGCCUGGAGCUCUACCUGGACCUGCUGUCGCAGCCCUGCCGCGCCGUCUACAUCUUCGCCAAGAAGAUCGGCGUCCCCUUCGAGCUGCGCAUCGUGGAGCUGCUCAAAGGUCAGCACUGCAGCCAGGAAUUCAUCCAGGUGAACCCCCUGCGGAAGGUGCCCGUCUUGAAGGAUGGGGACUUCACCCUGGCCGAGAGCGUGGCCAUCCUGCUGUAUCUCAGCCGGAAGUAUGAGGCCCCUGACCACUGGUACCCCCAGGACCUGCAGGCCUGCGCCCGUGUGGACGAGUACUUGGCAUGGCAGCACACAUCUCUGCGGAGAAGCUGCUCCAUGGUCCUGUGGCAGAAGAUGAUGCUCCCUCAGUUCCUUGGCGAACGGGUGCCCCCCGAGGCACUGGCAUCUACUAUGGCCGAGCUGGAGAGGUGCCUGCAGCUGCUGGAGGACAAGUUCCUUAAGGACGAUGACUUCCUGGCAGGUCCCCGCAUCUCGGUGGCAGACUUGGUGGCCAUCACCGAGCUGAUGCAUCCGGUCAGCGCUGGCUGCUCUGUCUUCCAGACCCGCCCCAAGCUGGCUGCCUGGCAGCAGCGCGUGGAGGAGGAGGUCGGGACGGGCCUCUUCCAGGAGGCCCACGAGGUGGUCCUGAAGGCCAAGGACCUGCCGCCAGUGGACAUCGCCAUGAAGGACCAGCUGAAGCCCCUGGUGGAGGUUUUGUUGUAG